AUGGAAUAUGAAGAGGAUGAUGAUAUUUCCUUUGCAAAAUGGAUGAGCAGUUUCUGGGGCCACAACUUGAUUGAUGAGAAUGAGAACGAGGGUAGAGGCCACAAGAAACGUCCGACACGAUUCUUUAGUGAAAGGAGAGCCUCCCUUCCGGCCAAGCUUUCCUCCCUCCAUACAACAAGACUCCAUGCCUCUACCAAAGUCUCUUCUUCAGGGCAUCUCAAGGGCUGCAAGGGGUUUCGAGAAGACCAAGAUGUCAAAUGCCACUGCCACAAGAGGGCAAGCAGAACACCUUCAACGGACAGCUCAUGCCUAGAGACAAGAUCAAACUCCAUCCAAGAAUUUGCGGAGUCCUUUGAGAAGCAAUUGCAUUUCAGAAGCAAACGUUCAGUUUCUUUGCAACCUGAAGGCAUGAAGGAAAGAAGUGAAAGAGAGAGAUUGCUUUCACCAAAGAGCAGUUCUCACAAGAAAAUGAGAGGGAAAUCAGGGCCAAGGAGAGAGCAGAAAGAAGAUGAAAGUCCAGAGCUUGCACUUGCAAGUCACAACGAACAGUUUCCAUCACAUGCAAGCGUUGAAAAAGGAUAUUUUUGUGCAGGGAGCCAGAAUGUGUUGGGAUAA